AUGUACAUCGAUGAUCGAACUACACGUGAGUACUUAGACGGGGUUGAGGAGUUCUGUAUAAUUGCCACAAGACACAUACAAAGUACAAACGUGAAGACAAUUUUUUGCCCUUGUCGUGAUUGCAAAAAUGUGUUGAGAUAUGCUGAUAUUAAGAAGAUAGAGAACCAUUUGGUUAUUCGGGGGUUUAUGCCAGAUUAUAACAUUUGGUACUGGCAUGGUGAGAAACUACCUGUAGAUCGUUCGUCACAGGAGGAUGUCUUGGAGGAGGACACAUGGCCUCUUACUUUUGAAAACAGUGAUAGCGAUGAAAGUGUUGAGGAAGAUCGCAUUAGUGAGAUGAUGGACGGGUUAGGUGAUCAUGUGCACGAAGGAUCUCGUAUGUAUGAGAAUGUCAGCAAAGCUGCUGAGACACAGUUAUAUCCUGGUUGUACUAAAUAUUCCAAGCUUUCAGGGAUGUUGGAUUUAUUCAACAUAAAAACGCUAGGCGGUUGGACUGAUGAAAGUUAUGAUUUGUUGUUGGAAAAGCUACAUGACAUUCUUCCAGACGGGAAUGACAUUCCCAAGUCUACCUACUAUGCCAAAAAACUGAUGUGUCCACUAGGUUUAGAGUAUAUCAGGAUACACGCAUGUCCUAAUGAUUGUGUGCUUUAUCGGAAGGAGUAUGAAAAUCUUGAUGCUUGUCCAAAGUGCGGCGUAUCGCGCUACAAGCGUAAGGGUUCAAACCCCAAUCGCAAGAAGUGGCCACCGGCUAAGGUGUUAUGGUAUCUUCCAAUAAUACCAAGGUUUAAGCGCCUAUUUUCAAUUAAGGAGGAGGCAAAAAACUUGGUGUGGCAUGAUGAAGGGAGGAAGAAAGAUGGGAAUAUUAGACAUCCUGCUGAUGCUUUGCAGUGGAAACAUAUUGAUGAAACCUUUCCCGAGUUUGGUAAAGAGGCUAGGAACCUAAGACUUGCAUUAAGUACAGAUGGGAUGAACCCAUAUGGCACUCUUAGUUGUCAACAUAGCACAUGGCCGGUUCUUUUGUCGAUUUAUAAUUUUCCUCCUUGGUUGUGCAUGAAGCAGAAGUACAUUAUGUUGGCUCUCCUAAUAUCUGGGCCUAAACGACCUGGUCAUGACAUAGAUGUCUACUUGGCACCCCUCAUUGAAGAUUUGAAAUUGUUGUGGGAAGAAGGUGUUCCGGUGUUUGAUGCACAUACAAGUACAACCUUUACACUUCGUGCCAUGAUUUUUUGCACCAUAAAUGAUUUCCCGGUGUAUGGGAAUUUGUCAGGGUAUAAAAACAAAGGAGAGAAAGCAUGCCCGAUUUGUGAGGAGGAAAUGAUACCCCAACGAUUGAAGCAUUGUGGAAAAAAUGUGUACAUGCACACUAGAAGGCUCCUUCGGCGAGAUCACCCUUAUCGUAAUAAGAAAAAGAAUUCAAUGGGCAUAAGGAGAAACGUACUAUUCGUGAGCCUUUAA